AUGAGUUAGCUGCUUGAAAGUAAGUUGUUUAACUUAUACUUAGGCUUAAUCUAACAAUUUAUAAAAGAAGGAGACGAAAAGCAGAGUGAACAAAUUAGUCGUUAAGUAAUGUAAAAACAUCCUGUUGUCUACUUGUGUAAAUGUUCUGAGAUUUUAGAUGAAGUACUUAUUAAAUGUAUUUUAGAUGGCUGAAAUCAAUAAUGAAUACACUAGAGUAUUAAGAUUAACUCUCUAAGUUGCAGGAUUGUUAAGUAAAACAGAGGAUGCCAAAUUAGCAGUCAUUUAAUGUACACAUGUGUUAAAACGAAUUAUUAAUCGAAUACUCAGUCAACCAUAAAUUUCAGAAGAAUUAAAUUAAUUGCUUACUGAUAUCCAUAUCAAAUUAAUGGAUGUAUUUGAUGAAUUGAUCAUAAAUCAUAUAUCUGAUUUUUUUGAAUCAGGACGUGUUCCUGAAAUAGUUAUUUUAAAGAUCAUUUAAUAGAUUUUUGAAUCAUAAAGUAAAGUUUUAAUUAAGUUUGUUAGGUAAAGAAUACUUUAGACAAUUUUCAUAUGAAAUUUUAUAAAAGAUUUUAUCAUCUCUCUCUCUUGUAAAAACAGAUCAAUGUAGAUUAGAUUAUUGUUCCUUAUUGUAAUCGAUAUAUAAAACACUCAAUCAUUUUGAAGAGAAUUAGAUUUAAAUAAAUUAAGAAUAGGUAUAAAAUGUGAGUUGGCUUAUAUUUGAUUAAAUUAUUAAAGAUUGGAUGUAGACAACUACAUAACUUUAAGUUUUAUCAUUAGUAGGAUUCAUGAGUUAAUUUAUAUCUAGAGAAAGAUUGGAACGUAGUUUAGAAAGAUUAACGUCUGUAUAUUUGAGUGUCUUGAAAUAGAAAAAUAACUAAUUGAGACCAUUAUUUGAAGGUUUUAACAAAUUCUUAGAGAGAUUAUAUUAAUUAGAUAGAAUUGGAUAUGAAGGAAUCAUUAAAUCAAUCAUGGUAUCAUUGUAUGAAUUUUAUAAAAAUCCUAUUUUCUCCCCUAAUUAUCCUUUUGAUCCAAAUGCUUUAAAAUAUAAAAACGAUUUAUUAACUCUUUUAUAGACGGUAUCCAAAUUCAAUAUCGAUAAUUGUUUAGAUUUAUUUAUUGGAAGAAUUAAUGUAUAUAUAUAUAUUUAUUUUUUAGAGUAAAGACUCUAUAGAAAGAGUAUCAUGUCUUUGGAUUUGUAAUUUUAUUUUAUCGAGAAAUUUUAAGUAGAUUUCAGAACCAUAUAAAAGAUAAUUGGUUUUAUAAUUAUUAAAUUUAUAAUUCGAAUAGGAUUGUGAAGUCAGAUAUGCUAUUUGUGAAAUCAUCUUAUAAAUAUAUUAUAAAUUAAAAGAUGAAGAAUAACCAAUCAAUUAAACUUAUUUGGAUGUGAAAGCAUUACUUUUUUAUCUAUUUAAUCAAGUUUCAAUUCACGAUAAAGAAUUGGAAGAGUAUGGAAAAUAAAGAGCAGCCCCGUUUGAAACAACAUUAGAAGUAAGAAUCAAAUUUAUAUUUUGAAAGCUAUUGAAGAGUAGAGCAUAAAAAAUAUUAACAACACUUGCAUAAGAUUAAUAUUUUUAUGAUUUAUUAUGGCCCAUGGGAUUAGAAAUUAUUAAUAAUCAAAAGUUUUCCCCUGGAUUAUCUCAUAUUUUUAAAUGUUAUACUUAAAUCUUACAAAAAUUAAAUAAUAUUACUCACAAUUCUCCUGUUGCUCAACAUGUUAUAGUUGUAAGAAUGUUAUUACUAAUUUAAAUUCCAUAUUUCUUUCCAAAUUUAGGAUCUGAAGCAGUGAACUUUUUGCCUUAUUUAGUGAAAACAUUUGAUUUAAAAGUAUCAAGUAGUUUUCACUAAAAUAUUGAGGCAUUGAAAUAAUAUUUGAUAAACAAAAAACCUUUGGAUGAAUUUUAUGAAGAAAAAGUAUAAUAAAUAUGGAAGGUUUGUUUAUCAUUAUUCAUUUAAAGCAAAGAACUCUCUUAAAUAGAAGAAGAUUUCCAAGUUUAACUCAGUAUGUACUUAAAUUCACAAGCUUUGAGAUUACCAAUUAUGAAAAUGUAAGCAACACUAAUGAGUUUUCUUACGAAUCAAGAAACAAUCAAAUAUAAUUUAGACAAGUUAUUUAGUAUAUGUCAUUAAGAAUACACUAAUCAAGCACUUAAUUUAAAUGUUCCAGUAUAAGAACCAGAUUUCAAUCUUCGACUUUGUGUAGCUGAAUGUUUUGGUUACAUAGGAGAGAGGCAUACUCAAUUAGUGUUAGAUAAGGUCAAAUCUAUCUUAAAUUGUGAAGUUAUACAAAAGAAAAAUACAGGCUCUUUUAAAGAAAGUGUUUUAUCCAUAUUUUAAAAAAGUGGAGGUGAUGAAUAUUUAGCUUCUUUUCGUGCUACACUAUUAAUUGCCUAUGGUUGUUUAGCUAAAUAAGUUUCCUUAGAAAUUUUAGAGAAAAAUAUCCUACCUAAUGUUAUGCCAUUUAUUGGACAUGACCAAUUAUUCAACUCUCUCUAAAUUUCUUUGGAAUCCAUAAGCAAAGCUAUUGAAAGAUCAAUUGAAAAUACUGAUGAAGCAGCAGCAUCCUCAUUCUUAUUGAGUUAUUAGAAAUAUAGAGACUAAGUUUUGAAUCAUUGUCAAAAAAAUAUCACAAGAGGAAAUAUAUUUAGAAAUCUUAAUACAAUUAAUUUAUAAUAUCGUUUAGCAUCUAUUGAAUACAAUAAAGCUUAAUAAUUAUUGAGUUAACAUUUAGAAUCCAAAUAUGAUCUAUCAAUAGAAUAAGUCAAUAUUACAUUUUAAAAUUGUUUUUUGUUGUUCUUAGGAACAAUUAAAUUAGAAGAAGACUCUCAGCCUAUUUCUGUUUGGUAAUCUCUAUUGUAUCUAAUUAAAUCAAUCAAAGACAAUGAUUAAUUAAUUGAAAUUCUACAGAGAAGUAUAUAGAGAGUAAAAUUAAAAAUGGAAUAAAACCAUAAGAAUUAUUUUAAAGUAAUUUUGACAUUGCUUUCUAUUUUAUAUCGUAAUACUAAUGCAAAAAGGUCUGUUGUUUUGAUUUUAGAAAAGGUUAUGUUGUCUUUGGGAGUUUAUUUAGAUAUUUAUUAAAAAACUGAUGAUGAAUUCAAUUCUUAAUUGAUAAAAUCUUUAAGAGAGAAAUUACAUCAUAACGAAUUAUCAAUACUAAUGUAAGAAUUAUAGAAUUUAAUAAAUGAACCUAUUGUAGAAUCAUUACAUGGAUUUGUCUCUUUGAUUUAGUGCAUAUAUGAAAGUGACUAUGGUGAUUUAAAUAGAAUUUUCGGUCUAUUGUAAUCAAUUUGUCAGUAAGGAGUGGGAUCAUCUUCAUAAGAAUAAAUGUAAGAUAGUAUUUAAAUUAUUUAGUAAUUCUAAUAUAAGCAAAGCAAUGGAUUUGUUGGCUUAAAAUAAUUUAAGUGAUUCUUUGAAAAUACUUUUAGAUAAUUAAUCAGAAUUUCCAGUAGGAAUAUUUCCAAAACUUUUUCUAAAUUGUGUUAGUUAGAAGAAACCAUUUAUGAUAUAGAGUUUUAAAUUUCUAACUGAUGUUUUAAAUAAUCCAGAAGGAAGUAAAAAAAUUAUGAUAUUUUGUAGUUAUCACUGGAGAUAUUGGAAAUUAUUUAGUUAAUGCAUCUUUAUUUAUAGGAUAACUGUUAAUUGAUGAAAAUAAAAUCUUAAGUGAGAUGUUACCUAAAUCGAUGGCAAGUAUUUUAGGAACCUUCUUAUUAAGAUUUAUGACUUGCCAUGAUCCAAAAUUAUCAGGUUCAAUUUAAUCUGUAUAGACUGCUAUAUGGGCAUUUCAAAAUCUAUUGACUAUCUGCAAUAUCGAAGGAAUAUCAUAGCAUGUGUUUAAGAAAUUAUUAAUAGAAGAAGAAGUUGAAGAUGGAGUCUAAGAGAUUGUCAUGAUAUAUUGUAAAGGAGCUUCAUUUUAAGAUUAAUAGAAACUCUUUAAUUUUAUAGAAGGAUUUACUAAAAAAGAAUAAGCAUCAUAUAGAUUAGGUGCAAUUGUUGUUAUUAAUUAAUUCAUUAGAAGUUAUAAGAAAGAAUAUGCAUAAUAGAAUGUUUAUGAGAAUUUAUUGAAAACUCUAUUAGAAUCAGCAGAAGAUGAUAGUGACAAUGUAAGAGCUUAGGUUGCUUUUGGAUUGGGAGGAUUGUCAUAUUAUUUAAAAGCAGAUGAAAAAAUUGAUAAAGAACUCUAAUAAGAAAUUAUUGAAUGUCUAAUAAAUUUAUUGGAUGAUUAAUAAGAAAUAUGUGUUAGAAGUGCUAUGAUCAGUUUAUAAAAUUUAGUUGAUUCAAAAACAGACUUUUUGGCCUAUAUACCUUAAUUGAUAUUUACAACAACAGCUAAUUUUGAGAAGACGAUGACUAAGAUUAGAAUUUCAGCAUUUUCUCUUUUCUCAAAAUUAUGUAAUACUUGUUUUGUAGAGGAAAUAAUGAAUGAAUAAAUUAUGUCAUAUUUAAGACAAGCAUUAGUAUCAGUGAUGCUUCAUUUAUUAGAUGAAAGUGUUUAAGUGAGAUAAGUAUGCAAAUUGGCCUUGGAACCAAUUGGGAAUUUACUUAAAGCCCCAUUAUUAAAGUAAUUAGAUUAAAAUAUUUUAGAUAAUUAUCUAAUAAUGAAAUUGAAAGUGAAUUUGAGAUGUCACAUUUAGAUGAAAAUGAGAAAAUUAUUAUGAUAAUGAGUAUAAAUUUAGAAUAAGAACAUUUAAAUGUAUAGUUAAUAAUAAAUAAUAUAAGACUUACAUAAAAUCAUUGAUUGAGUUUUGUAAAAGUCCUGAACAUAAUAUCAAAGGAGCUGCUUUAUUUAGUUUGAUUAUUUUAUUAUCGUUCAGAGAAGUUGGAGAUUAUAAACCAUAAAUUGAAUAAUUAUGCAAAGAGAACAGCAAAGCAAAGUUGAUUACAAAAUAAUUAGUAAUGAAGGCAGCUUACUAUUUAUGAUACCCU